AUGGUUUCCUCCGGAUAAAUGAAAGUCACUAUUCUUUUGGAGCAUUUUUGGCGAUAAUUUUCCGCCUAUUUAACUUCUUUCUAAACACGUGGAUUUUGUAUAUACUAAAAUGGAUUCGGAGGAUGAAGACGCGAUAUUUGACGACGAACACGAGGAUAGUUAUAACGAAUCCGGCUCCGAACAGGGCGAUGAAAGCGACUUCGACAUCGACUGCGACGAACCCUCUACUCCGAAAAGACCUCAUAUAAAUGACGAUUUUCAUUACGAAUGUCUAACCCCUGAAGCUUUAGUCAGUUACAUGAACGCUAUUAUAGACGAGGUUAAUAACGUUUUCCAGUUGCCUAGACCAACAGCCAGGAUUCUUCUUAGUCACUUUAAAUGGGAUAAAGAAAAGCUACUAGAGAGAUACUACAGUGGAGAUCAAGACAGGCUAUUCUCUGAGGCUCAUAUAGUUAGUCCAAAUAGAACAAACUCUAGACCUGUUUCAAGUAAAAGGGUUAACACCAGAUCCUCUUCUGCAUCAACUGAUGGAACUUGUGAAAUUUGCUUCAUAAACAAUCAUGUACCAGCUUUCGUUGGUUUAGAAUGCAACCAUAGGUUUUGUCUUAGAUGUUGGAAGGAAUAUAUUACCACGAAAGUAAUGGAUGAACAUGUUGGGGAGAACAUUUCCUGUCCAGCACACAAGUGUGACAUCCUAGUAGAUGAAGUAUUUGUAGGACAAGUGGUAAAAGACACUAAAGUAAAAGCACGAUACCACCACCUUAUAGCUAACAGCUUUGUUGAGAGUAACAGACUGAUGAGUUGGUGUCCAGGGCCUGACUGUCAAAAUGCUGUGAAAGCUAAUUACCAUGAUGCUUUACCUGUGACAUGCUUGUGUGGUUACACAUUUUGCUUUGGUUGUGGAGAACCUGUUCAUGAGCCGGUGCGAUGCGCAUGGCUCAAGAAAUGGAUAAAGAAAUGCAAUGAUGACAGUGAAACAUCAAACUGGAUAUCAGCAAAUACAAAGGAAUGCCCAAAGUGUCAUGUGACAAUAGAGAAGAAUGGAGGUUGUAAUCACAUGGUUUGUCGCAACAACAACUGCAAGGCUGACUUUUGUUGGAUGUGUCUGGGACCUUGGGAGCCACACGGAUCAAGUUGGUACAGUUGUAAUCGUUACGAUGAAAAAGAUGCACAGGCGGCUAGAGAUGCCCAAGCUAAAUCACGGCAAGCCUUGGAACGCUACCUAUUUUACUGUAAUCGUUACAUGAACCAUGCACAAAGUGCCAAGUUUGAAACUAAGUUGUAUGCUCAAGUCAAGCAAAAAAUGGAAGAAAUGCAGCAACACAACAUGUCGUGGAUCGAGGUUCAAUUUCUUCGUAAAGCCGUAGAUGUUCUGUGCUUGUGUAGAAACACUCUUAAAUACACUUACGUAUUCGCUUUCUACCUUAAGAAAAACAAUCAGUCAGUUAUCUUUGAGGAUAACCAAAAAGAUCUAGAAAUGGCUACGGAGACACUAUCAGAGUACCUAGAGCGUGACAUAACUUCAGAGUGUUUAUCAGAUAUUAAACAAAAGGUUCAAGAUAAAUACAGGUACUGCGAGGCAAGACGAAAAGUCCUUUUAGACCAUGUAUAUGAAGGAUAUGAGACUGACAUAUGGGAAUACAUGGAUUACGACUAAACUUUUAGAUUCUUACAGAUGAAUAAUGUUACUAAACGCUAGGAUAUCAAAAUGGAGUUAACUGGAUCAGAUUGCUUGCUGUUAUAUAGUUUAAGUCGAAGUUCAUAUUUACAAAUGUUAUUAGAAAAUUACUUAGAAGUGUACAUAAAUCGAAACUUUUCCCUAAUUGUUUAUCUCUGUGACACGGUUUUUUCCUACGUUGUAAUCUGCUAGCGUGAUCGCCACUUCUUCAAUAACCCGCUUUGUGAGGUCCAGAUUUUCUAUUUUUUUCCCCCUGUAAUGAACGUGUUAAAUAGGUUACAAGCGACUGAGAGAUACGCCAAAGCACAAAAAGAAAGCUGUGAUACGACACAAAGCAGCGAGCUAAGGUAGCUCUCAUCGUAUCGCUGCGAGUUUGGUAAUGUAAAAUUUGCUUCAGCAUGUAGGACUUAAUGAAAGUUUUAUGGAGAUUUUGAGGCGCGAAGAUCAUUUACGGUCAUUAUGAAGGUCAACGAACUUUUUUUGUUGCCGAUUCACUGUUGUACAACUUAAAUGAUGUAUAAUGUCGCUUAACAAUUCGUAAUUUGAGGUGUGGCUCAUUUUAAAUACGUCAGCAUUGGUGCACUUCAAGACUUAUUGAUUGCAGUGAACUAGCAAAGAGGUAUCAUUUACUAAGGAAGAUUUUAGCAAGGUGAUAAUUGCUGCAGUUGUAAGGAAAUAUCCUAAACUUCUGUCAAUUUUAAGACCCCGUUCUCGGUACAAAAAGGACAGCGUACGUUUAUGUGCUGUGUCUCAGACUAGGUUGUGAACAUGUUUUCCUUCAUUUCAACUUAUCUUCUGUUGACUUGAUGUGUGUUUCUACAUUUCUUUUUAUCUUACUUUUGAAAAUGCUGUUACUUGUAAAUAAACCCAAUUAUUAAAUGCUUGUCUCUCCA